CUGGACUGGGUUUUAUGUUAUAUAUUUGUUUCUUUUAAGCAUUGUUGUGAAAAUCCUCAGUCUAAUUCUAAUUUUGAUUCAAUUAAUUGAUGAGUUUUUAAUAUCUUAGUACUGUUAUAUUACUAUACUGGGUUUUAUGUUAUGUUUUUGAUUCUUUUAAGCAUUGUUGUGAAAAUCCUCAGUCUAAUUCUAAUUUUGAUUCUAUUAAUUGAUGAGUUUUCAAUAUCUUAGUACUGUUAUAUUACUGAACUGGGUUUUAUGUUAUAUUUUGAUUCUUUUAAGCAUUGUUGUGAAAAGCCUUAAUCUAAUUCUAAUCUUGGUAUGUUUUUAUGCUUAAUUAGAAUACUAUUGGCAUAAUAAGAGCAUGAUUCUUCGUUCCGCGAAAAAAUGGGCUAAAACAACAACAGCAAUUGCUGGUGAUGACCUAAUUUCGGAACUUCCUGAUGUAUUGAUCCAGCACAUUCUGUCGAAUCUUCCAACUGAAGAUGUUGUUCGAACAUGCAUUCUUUCAAAGCGUUGGGAAAACAUCUGGUAUUCAGUCCCUACACUCUUUUUCUCCAAAGCAAUUACUGAUGAUAUUGAAAACUUCUAUUAUUUUGUUGACAAUUGUUUGAAACAGCGCAAGAAUUUUAUGAUCGAUUCGGGUAUAAAAGAUUUGAUUAGUUUUAAGCUUUACUUCAAUGAUUAUUUUCGAAGACGAAAGGCUCGUCUUGUAGAUAAAUGGUUAGCUUUUGUAGUUGAGAAUAAGGUUAAGAAAAUACAUCUUAAAAUUUACAAAGAUCGUAAUACUAACAGCAGUGUCUACCAGUUACCUCCUAGAAUAUUAGACAGUGCAAGAUAUUUGACUGUUUUGAAGUUGAAUGGAGUAGAGUUGGAUACUAAUUCUUAUUCCUUUAGUUUCCCAUUUUUAAAAACUUUGUCAUUGGUAUAUAUUGAGCAUUCAAAAGCUUCAAAGGUUGAUUUGGUAUAUAAGUUUUUGUUGGGUUCUCCUUCUCUUGAGAAAUUGCAGUUACAUAUUUAUAAAUUCUUAAGUAUGAAUGAUCAACCUCGACUGCAAAGUUUAAGCCUUAAGUUUUUGGAGUUUAAAGGUAUAAGGAAUGAGAUUACAUUUCAAGUUGAAGCCAAAAACGUUGAAUCUUUGGUUUUAAGUUGCCUUCAAUUCGACGAAAUAGAUUUCUCUGCUUGUAAGAAAGUUAGAAAUCUUAGAUUAGGUUAUCAUAAUUAUGUUCGUCCUUCAAACAAGUUAGAAUAUUUUAUUUCGAAUUUUCCUCUUCUUGAAAAUUUGACUCUGCACUUCCAAUAUGCAUAUUUUGAGCACAUAAGAAUCUCAAAUAAACAUCUGCAAAGUUUAGUGGUAGAGACUGAUGAAUAUGUGUUUCAUUAUGGAAAGGGAAUGAUAAACACAAAGAUAAUUACAAUCGAAUCUGCCCCAAAAUUAGAAUAUUUUCGAUAUGAAGGUUACAUCGACUUUAGCAUAUUGUUUGAGUCAUCAAAUUCGUUGAAUGGGGAAAUUGUAAUUCUUGAUAAGCAGGAUUACUUUGAUACAAAGUGGUUUACCAAUAUGAGAGACUUUCUUCUGAAUCUCAAAUGUUCUUGGAAUAUUGUAACUCUGCAAGUUUGCACAAGUGAGGCUCUCAUCUGGCCAGAAAAUUUGAAGAACGAAUGUCCUUAUCCGUUGCUUAAUUGGAAGCAUCUUCGAGUUAUUACUGAUUGUAAACCCGAGAAAGAUUGUAGCUUCCUUGUUCGUAGACAAAGCAUAUUCGGAAUUGUCUUUUAGUCCAAAGCAUAACUUGCAUCCAUGCGCUUCAUAUUCGCCUGGAGUAGCCAUCCCUACCCCCUCACGUCAAUCCUACGGGCCUCUUAUCCAUUCUCAUUCGAUCACGGCAGGGGAGCAAGUAAAAUAUUUAGUAAAAGGUGAUUUGAAUUUCAGUUCACAAGCCAAAAAGGUGCUGAAAUCUUUGGAGCCAUCAUUGUUGUAAUAUAUAGCAACACUAAUUCACUAACUCUUGGACUAAAUUUGUUAAUGUAUCAACUAUGUAAAAAUUUAUGUCUGAAACUUAUUAAAUCAUUGUUUGUUUUCUUUAA